AUAGUUAAAAAAUGCAGUUUUUCAUGACUAAGAGUGGUCUCGGAUAUGACGCAGUAUAGGAUAUCACAGAUCCUGUACCUCUGCCACGUCUCACUCGCUUACAGUCGAGAUAGAUGAGCGCCCAGCAAAGCAUUUCCUCGGUGACUGCUCCUUCAACUCCGCCCUUGUUAUAACUACUGGAAGAAUCUAUUUCCUCUGCGCCUAGUGUUCCAGUGUAGUGGAAGCCUUCAUUUCCUGGUCUCCGGACAUCGUCUUCUGCUCUACUCCCGAGGUGUCCGUAGCAUCGGUGCCUGCUGUCUAGAGCUGCUGCCAUGUCUGUUUCUUGAACAACUACACCCUUGUCUGCUGAGAGGACAUUUACUACCUUGGCAUCUGCUGGGAGGACAUCUUCCUUGGGCGGCUCAUCACAGUGGCACCAGUCUCUGCAUUUCUUCCGUAAAGCAAACUUUUAGUUAAGUACGAAUCCUCGUCAGUGUAUUUUUACUGAUAAAAAACAUUCAGAACGAUAAAAUAAAGGGAGGAAAAAGAAAGGAGAAAAAUAAAAAACAAGGAAAAUAAAUUAAGGAGCCAACAGAAGCCCUCUUGAGUACGGUAUUGUGGAGGGCAGGGCUGAGGAAGCCUACUCAAGGACUGGAAGAUCUGACAGGCCCAGAGUAUUCCUACCCCUGAGUUGUAUUCUUACUGUAUUCACAUCGGUCAAUACAAUCAGAGUGAUGAUUUAAAGCUACGAUUCUUAAUACGGAAUACAAAUAUAUUUGGGUUAAGAGUAAACUCUCCAGAGGUGUCAUGGCUGUCAAGAUUUUCUUCAUUGUUUUUGUUCUUAUUGAAUGUUCCUGUACCGCAGUGAGCAACGCAUUAUUUUCGUCAAUAUAUAACAACACAUUAUUUUCGUCAAUAUAUAACAACACAGUAUCAUCUUUAUAUAACAAAUUAAACGAACUAAUUUGUGACAAAUACGAGGGCUGCGAGCUGACGCCAGAAGAGAGCUAUGGUUGCCAUACCUUCUCUACUGAUAGCCUGAACACCACCUGCCUUGUCAGAGAUUUCUCAAACCCUAACUUUACUGUUUAUGUCAAACCUGGCGAACAUUUUCAGCAUUUAGGGCUGGAUAUAUUUUAUAAGGUGUGUGUGCCAGAUUACCCCAAUGAAAUUGGAAGAUUCAAAAUCUUGCCACAAAUAUUUAGUAAAAAGGACUAUUGGCACGAGUUGAGAAUCAAUCAAAACCAGUUAUCAAAGAGUUAUCACCUGGUAAUCGACGGAGAGGAGCAGUUUGCAUCACCAGAGAACACACGUAAAAUUACCGGCACCAAUUUCAUGCUAACGACGCAAGGUUCCUCCUCUUGGAGUUUUGACUGUGACCCGCGCAAGUACGCUUCUCCGGUCUCCUCUGUCACUCCCUGGGUCGUGCUGGUCAUUAUUAUGCUCCUAAUAGUCUUCAUUCUCGCCACCAUUGCCAUCUACCUAAGGAGAUCAAAACAAUCUUCAUCGGUUUCGGUGGCAGAGAGGAAUGCUUCAGCGCCUUCGUCCGUAGUCACUAGACCGUCGAUAUUCAAUACCUUGACUCAAGGCCCAGCCGGUGGCGACCCUCUUGACCGCGUCAACUCAGAUGAACAUUUAUACGAGGAAAUGAAUGACAUAAUCGUUUACCAGCCUCGACCUCAACAUAGUGUGUCCGAAGUUCCUCGAAGCAACAGUCCUCCACAACAACAACGUGAAUCCGCUUUCUCAACCAUAAACAGUAUUUACUCUGGAGUCGGAAAGAGAGCUGGCGCAAGCAAUUUAUGAAUGAACAGUUAUAUCGUGUAUACCAGUGUAAAUUAGGGCCAGUUAAUGGUUAAAUAUUUAUGAAUAGUUAUCAAAUUAAAUGAAGUGUUCUAGAAACUUGAACAGUCUAUCAGAAAUUAAUCUUCAUGUACUGUACAGUGCGUUACAAGUGAUGUCAUUUCUUGCAUAUAAUAGCACAUCAAAUAUAUUAAUCUUCUCGUUUGAUGAACUGUUCACUUGAGACAGUUGCCCCAGCUGCUUUUGAGUACAAGUGGCAUGAUAAACAAACCCAGCGGGUUUUCUUCCUAUUAGGGGGUGUUGUACAUGCUGCUCUGGCGAUAUGUUCACUAGCAGGUGAUGUUCACUGCUACCUAGUACCGUCACUAAGGCGGUGUGUUCACUCGUAGGCGAGUGACGCUGCCCAAUAAACAAACCUUCCGGGGCAAAAAUCGCCAAACAGCCAACAGCAGAGUGGAAAAAAUUUACACACUUCUAUACGAGUUACCAGUUAAUGCAGCAUUAAAGUGGGAAUGGGUCUAAUUUGCCAUAAUAUAACUGUGACUUGCAUUCCCUAAAAUGAUUGUGUUGUAUUUAAAACUGAAAGUUGUAAUUAACAGUGACAGCUGUAACAGAGAAUCAUACCAAUGUCAGUGUUAUAAGUGUAUAUAUUAUUAGUAAUAGUGUUGGUGUUAAUAGUAUGAGUGUUAUUAGUCUUGUAAGUAGUAUUGAUAGUCGUACAACUAUGUGCACGGGUUAGGCUACUUAAGAUGUUAGUGUAUUUUUUAAUCAUGUUUGUUUACACACAAAUAUGCAAAAGUUAUUUUACCAAAAUUUACCCGAGGGCCACCAGUUCUAGCAGCGUCAACGGGGAUUGAAAGCCGGCGGGUUGUCAAAGGUCCUCCCCGUUGUUCCUGAAGAUAUUUUCAAGCUAAAUUUUAAUCUGAAGUAUUUGAGAAUUCACAACUUAGACGUAUAGGCGAUUCUAUGGAUUUGUUGCGUUCUGUAUUAGCAAUUGACUUCCCUCCAAUGUAUAAUAUAUAAUUCAUAGCAUUUGCAGUGCAAGAAGUUUCUUACAACCUAUCAUUAUAAUUAUUAGUUGUGGAGAUGUAAUGUAAUAAGUGUGUUAAAUAUCGACCGCGGCUUGGCUAAGAUGUUUUGUGACCUUUGUACUCCCUUUGCGCUACAGCUCACAGGAUGUGUAUAGGGUAAAAGAUAAACUAUCCGCCUCUAGUGACCAAGUGGUGUGAUAAGGCGUCUCCUGUUUUUGUUGCUAUGCUAUAAAGCUUAUGAACAAAUCCACAAGGGCCGUGACGAGGAUUCGAACCUACGUCCGAGAUCAUCCCA